GGAAUAGCCAGCGUUCACGGUCAAUAACCCCCGGGGUUAGCCACUAUUGGAAUACCUCGGAGGACCAGUUGCUACCGAGAAGUGGUUGCGAGACUGCUAGUGUUGGAGACAUAAUUGGCAAUGUUACGGAGCCGCCUCCCACAACAUGUUCAUCAACCCCGAUUGUUCCAUUUGACAGCAUUUACGCAUCUAUUCGUCCCGAACAAGAACUACCUACUCACACUGAACAACGUACCAGCUCGAGAUUGGAUGAGACUCACACAAUAGCCUCAAGCACUCUAGUUGUAGGUUUCGAUCGCGAAGGAAACGAGAGACACGCAGAGGCCAAACACGAUCUGGUUCUUCCGUCGAAACCCGAGUUACCCAAAGCCCCAAAUGUACAGGACUUGAUGGAUUUGUUACUGGAAGAUGACGAAGGGCACCUCGAAGAGGGUGACAACCUAGAACAGAUAUCCGAGGACGAGGACGAGGUUUGGAAGAGGUUUGUCUUUGACGAAGACUCUGCGGAAAUCAGUCGCAAGGCAUGCCAGGAAGCACAACGACAGACAACCCAUGACCUGCGCACAGCCAUGGCUGGCCCUCCUAGCGACGUUGCCGAGCCACCAUCAGCAUCACGAGGGAAUCCUUAUCUAGAUCCAGGUUCAAUGGCAAGUUUGCCCUUGGACUCCCCGGGGACUCCGUCCAAGGUCGACGAGCAUAUCUCAGCCAACUCCGCUUCAGCCAACACGACGGGCACAGCCAACUCCAACACCGCCCACAUGGGCUCGCCCAAGCCGCACCACUCGGAUAGCAAAUUCCACCAACCCAGUCUCUUUAUCGGAAGACUGGCCAGCUUGCCAUCCGCCAACACAGGCCCCGUUCAGUUGCAGCCGCUCAAGAGGCGCAGGGGACGCCCGCGGAAACGCAGGGGCGCCGGGCGGCCAGACUUCCGCGCGAUGCCGGACUAUGACGACGACCCAAUCGAAGAAUGUUGCGAGGAUUAGGCGCAGGUGGAAAGGGGUGGAGGGCUGCGGGUAGGAUGAGGUCACGGGGAUAGAGUACGAUUGCGGU